AUGGGGAUGAGGCCCGGGUGGGUUGGCGGGCUGGUGGAGGAGAGCUUCUUCGUGGGGUGCGCGGCGCACGAGAACCGGAAGAAGAACGAGAAGAACAUCUUCUGCCUGGGCUGCUGCGCCAGCAUCUGCCCGCACUGCGCCCCCGCGCACCGCCACCACCUCCUCAUCCAGGUGAGGAGGUACGUGUACAAUGACGUGGUGCGCCUUGACGACCUCGAGAGGCUCAUCGACUGCUCCUUCGUCCAGCCCUACACGAUCAACAGUGCCAAGGUGAUCUUCCUCAAGCCGCGGCCGCAGUCCAGGCCCUUCAAGGGCUCUGGCAACGUCUGCUUGACCUGUGACCGCAUCCUCCAGGAGCCUUUCCACUUCUGCUGCCUCUCCUGCAAGGUGGACCAUGUGAUGAUGCAGGGCGGCGGGGACCUGUCCAACAUCCUGUACGUGCCGGGCGGCGGCGGGCCGCCGGACCUGGUGGGCUGCGGCUUCCCGCGCUUCGAGAACCUCCGCUUCGACGACGACCCCGCGGGGCAGUACGGCGGCCAGGUCACGCCCAACUCCAUCCUCGAGGACCCCAUGCUGCAGAACGGGGGCAACUACGGCGGCGGCUCCAGCAGCGGCGGCUCCUCCGCCAGGAACGCGCGGCGUGGCGAUGACGUCGUCCCGACGAGGAAGAAGAAGAGCGGCGGCGGCGGCGGGUUCUUCCCUCAGAUCGUCCUCUCGCUCGGCAACAGGCGGAAGGGCGCGCCCCAUAGGGCGCCGCUCGCGUAA